GAUGCCAACAACGUCUGAUUUUUCUCCUCCAAAGCUUAACACCAAACUUAGACAAACGAAACUGCCUAUUAAAAGGGUGAUUGACGUAGAUCCUGAACCCAUCAAUGUGGAGUCUGAGCUUGUCGAAAGCGACAACUCUAGCGUAGGGCGCUGAAACGGGUACUGCCACCUCCAGCAUUAAGAAUGAUGUCCCUUAAAGUACGAGUUAUCCCUCAGCUCACCUUUUAUCCAACAAAGGUUCAAGUUAGGAAGUUAAUCAACUCGCCAAAGUCUAGCAAAAAGGUGUUCCAACCCCGCUUUCUCCUCAUCAUUCUGAAUCCACUGAGACUGAUCAUGAUGAAGGAGAUUUUGAACACAUCGACAUGGAAGUCCCCGACACUGAAGAACAAUCCCAAGUGGAUGAUUCUUCUCCAAAAAUUACUACUCCAAUUGAAGAGGAGCAAAAGGAUGAGGAUGAACAUAUGUCCAAUGCCCGUGAAGAACCUAAAGGGGGAGGAGAAUCCAAAGGGGACAAACCUAAACUAGAUGGUACUGCUAAUGCUACUCAUUCCGUUGGGACUGUUAAAGACUUUAGGGCCUCUUCGACCACCACAACUACUCCUCUUACUCCAACCGAGAUAGAGAACUUAAAGAAGACUAAGCCUGCUGAGUAUUUGAAGGCUAUAAUGAGUGGAAGGAAAAGUUCGACGUCUAAUUCUUCGACUACUUCUGAUGGAAAUCUCUCUGUCAAACCUACUAACCAGAUCCUCCAUAAGAUCAGGGAGACGGUCUUUGAUAACAAUUUGAUUAGGGAAAAGGUGUGCAUAUGUUGUUGUUGAUGAUUUUUCUAGAUUCACUUGGGUAAAUUUCAUUAAAGAAAAAUAAGAAGUCUUUGAAGUCUUCAAAGAGUUGUGCCAAAAAAUUCAAAGAGAGAAAGAAAGCAACAUUGUCAGGAUCAGAAGUGACCAUGAUAGGGAGUUUAAAAAUAGCAAGUUUGUUGAAUUUUGUGCCUCUGAAGGCAUUAGUCAUGAAUUCUCAUCUCCAAUUACUCCCCAAUAGAAUGGAGUUAUCGAAAGAAAAAAUAGAACUCUACAAGAAUCAACAAGAGUCAUGCUUCGUGCGAAGAAGUUACCAUAUUAUUUUUUUGCAAAAGCUAUGAAUAUUGCUUGUUAUAUCCACAAUAGAGUUACCUUAAGGAUUGAAACAACA